UURUUUUGUUAAUUGCGCACAGAUAUAUUUAAAUUCCAGCAUCAGAGUUGUUUUUGUUUAAUUUAAAUAAAUUUUCUGGCGUGAGUGAGAAUUAAAAACUUGCUGCAACAGCUUGUUCUGUUAUAGAAAGUUUCAUCCAAGCGGUUUAGGAGUUACACACAUGUUUGAUCAGCUGUUCCGCCUCAGAUGCAAACAAUGAGUUUGUUUUGUUUCUGCAGGUCUGGUGUCACCCAGCAGGCUGAGAAAAACUCCACCCAACACAUAUUUAGGACCUCGGGGCAGGCGGAGCGGAGCGGGGYUUGGGUCUGCGCUGACAGGACUCUGGCACGACGAGCGCUGCAGAAGAAGAAAAAAAAAAACUUGAGAGGGACAAAGUCCACGCGAGCUCCAAUGUGUGUGUGCGCGCGAGAGAGCGCGAGUGAUUUCUUUUUCGCCUUUUUCACAGAAAUGCUCCAAAGAUGGCGGUGGUAGCGGCGGCAGGAGUCUCGAGUGGCUCCGGAGCGCAAAAAAGUGGACUGCUGGAGGUUCUGGUUCGGGAGCGCUGGCACAAAGUUUUGGCCAACUUGAGCGAGGACGCGCUGACGUUGAGCUGCGAGGACCGCGGCAGCCCCGGCUCGAACGGGGUCACCAGUGGCUCGUACCUGGACAACAGCAACGCCAACUCCAACAACGGGCCCCAGCAGGCGGUGCGCACCGCCUUCACGGACCUCCCGGAGCGGGUCCCCGAGGCCAUCGCCAACAGAAAGCGCUGCGUCAAGGUGACCAAGCAGGAAGUCGGAGGACUCGGCAUCAGCAUUAAAGGAGGGAAGGAGAACAAGAUGCCCAUCCUCAUCAGCAAGAUCUUCAAGGGGCUCGCGGCGGACCAGACCCAGGCUCUGUACGUCGGGGACGCCAUCCUGUCCGUGAACGACGUGAACCUGCGGGAGUCGACGCACGACGAGGCGGUGCAGGCGCUGAAGCGAGCCGGGAAGGAGGUGACACUGGAAGUCAAAUACAUGCGUGAGGCAACACCCUACGUCAAAAAGGGCUCCCCUGUGUCRGAGAUCGGCUGGGAGACCCCGCCUCCCGAGUCUCCCCGUCCCAGCAGCCCCGCCAUCACUUCCUCCUUCUCCUCUGAGUCUCCGAGCUCCCCCACCCUGCCCUCCCUGUCCCUGAGCAGCGACCGGCGGUGCAUACCGCUGAAGAUGUGUUACGCAACACGAGCCAUGACCAAACCCGAUCCUGAGAACAGACAACUGGAGCUGCACAGUCCCGACGCCAGGCACACCAUUGUGCUCCGGUGCCCGGACCAACCAUCUGCCCUGUCCUGGUUCUCCUCCCUGCACUCCGUCACAUCCACGCUGGCACAGCGGGCACUGGCGGAGGUCAUCCAGAAUACAUCCAGGACAGGGGUUGCUGGCAGCAAAGAGAUCCGACACCUGGGAUGGCUGGCAGGGAAGACGGAGAGUGAGAAACAGUGUUGGAAGCCAGUGCUGGUGGUGGUGACGGAGAAAGACCUGUUGUUGUACAGCAGUUUGCCCCGAUGCAGGGAGACCUGGCAGAGCCCCACACACACCUUUCCACUUUUAGCAACACGUCUGGUCCACUCUGGUCCUGACCGGGGAUCCCCUUGCUCUGGCACGGAGCUGUUCUUCGCUACUCGCACCGGCACGCGCCUCGGCAUCGAAACCCACCUUUUCCGGGCCGAGAYCACCAAGGACCUGUCCCUGUGGACCCGGCACAUAGUCAGCGGAUGUCACGCGUCAGCUGAAAUGAUCAAAGAAGUCACUACAAGUUGCUUGUUCCGUGGUCAGGAAUGCCGUCUGGUGAUCCACUACGAGAAGGGCUUCUCUGUGCUGGCUGACCCGAAAGUAGCAGAUGAGGAGGGCGGUGAAGAACGAGUCGUUAACACUUCCAGCAAGCCCCAAGUGCUCCUCUCCUACCCCUUUGAAAAACUAAAGAUGUCCUCAGAUGACGGAGUGCGCAGGCUGCUGCUCGACUUUGGAGAGAAGGAAGGGGAGAUUCAACUGGACCUCCACUCGUGUCCGAAGCCCAUCGUCUUCAUCCUCCACUCCUUCCUGUCUGCCAAGGUCGCCCGCCUGGGUUUGGUGGCUUGAACGGCUCACUGAAAGGACACCUUUCUGAAAACAAAUCCACCUCGUUUCUUCAUCUGUCUGCAGCCCACAUGCAGUUCUCUCCAUCAAACUCCUUCAGCUGGAACCUCCCCAAUC